UCGCAUUAAAUCCCAACCCCCAAUACCACGCUGGCGUUAUUAUUAUUUACGAAAUUAAAAUAAAAAAAAAAAAAACGGGUAAUAAAAGAACUUGAUUUCCCCCCAAAUCCAUUCCUCUCCAUGUGCUUCUCUCUCAUACUCGUCCCAAUUCCCAUUCCCAUUCCCAUUACCCGGUGGAGACGAAGCGAAGAGAGCCACGAAACCCUAGAUCUCAACCCUAACCCUAGCCCUAAUCCUUGGUACCUCAAUCUUCUUCGUUAAUGGCGGAAGGGAGGAGGGGAGGAGAGGGGAGGCGACGGUGGUGGAGGCGGCGAUGAGGUGCAAGGCCCAUCCCUACGCCCACGGCGUCGGGGUCUGCGCUCCCUGCCUCCGCGAGCGCCUCCUCGCCCUCGUCGCCACAGCCUCCGCCGCCGAGGACGAUGACGACCACAACGAGGCCCCCCCGGCCCCGAACCGCCGCACCUUGAAGCCCCAUCGCCCCUCGUCUCCGCCGCGCCUCGUGGCCCCCCGAUCCGUCUCCCCCUACGUCCCCCGCCGCCGAUCCGACGCCUCCGCCCCCGCCCCGUGCCGAAACCCUAGCCUCCUCUUCUUCAGAACCCCCCAGGUCGGGCCCUCCGUCCCCGCAGGCGCCGAGGACGGCGGAGGUAGAGUCGGCGGCGGGAAGAGCCGGAGCGGGAAGUUCUCGAUCUUAAGCACCCUCUUCGGCCAUUCGAGACCCACGGAGCCCUCGAGGUCCACGUCGCGAUCGACCUCGUGGCUCUCGGCGCUCGUCCGCGGAGGCCGCCGCCGCCGCCGCCGCCGGAGCAAGACGCCGGAGGUCCACUCUCCGGCGCUCACGUCGCCGUCGAGUAUGGCGAGGCGGAGCUCGUACCGCGCGGCGAGGGACCGGGGGAUGUCGCCGGAGUCGGAGUCCCCGGGCGCCGGAGAGCGGUGGUGGCACCCGACCCCGUCCCCCCUGCGCCGCGAGUCCCACCACCGCGCCGCCGCCCCGGGAGGCGGCGCCGGGAUCUCGGGCUUCGCGGUGUGCCUGAGCCCGCUUGUGCGGCCGAGCCCGAGCCACCGCCGUAGCCAAGGCUCCGCCGCCCCCGCCGGGGAUAUGGGUUUCUCCGGCGAGCUCCGGAGCGCGAGGUCCCCGCGCCACCACCGCCGCGUCUCGGGCAGCGGCUUCGCCGCCCCCGCCGCGCUGUGCCACAACCGGUCGAGGAAGUUGGCUGAUUUCGGUAGGUUGCGCUGACGCUUUUCUCCCGUUUUUACACUCCUUGCCCUUAUUAAUCUCGUGAAAAAUAGGGCGCAAAACCAAAUUUGCUUCUUUUUUUUCCCUUUUUACUUUUAAUUUUUGGGUGCUUCGAUUUGAGUUUGCGUCGUGUGAUGUUUUUUCUCCACGUUGUAUAGUAUAACGACGAUAGCUUUAUGUAUUAAAUGCGAUCUACUGCUAUGAUUCAGAACUUGGCUUAAAUUUUGCGUCAAUAUGCAAUGAAUUUAGCAUUCAA